AUGACUUUUGAGAAAACGAUAACUGUAUAUGGGGCGACAGGAUCACAGGGCGGACCGGUUGUCCGGUCUUUGCUGAAGAAUCGUGCCUUCAAGGUCCGAGCCAUCACACGAAACCCCGAGUCGCCAGCGGCUCAAGACCUUCGUGCACUCGGCGCUGAGAUCGUCCAAGGCGACGGAUGGAAGAAAGAGCAGAUGGUGGCCGCAUUUUUGGGGUCAUGGGGGGCUUUUGUUAACACGAACUCGGACGACCCGUGCUUGGCCGGUGAUGGCUCUCCCACCGAGUUUGACUUGGGAAAGACAAUCAUCGAUGGCAUCAUUGAGACUGGCACCGUCAAGCACUUGGUCUACUCGUCGUUUGUGGAUACUUCGGCUCUGACCAAGGGCCAGGUAACUGUCAGACCAGCGGAAAUGAAAGCCAAAAUCCAACGAUAUGCGGAGGAAUCCGGAUAUUUUGAGUCAGUCUGUCCUUUGUAUCAGGGAUGGUAUAUGGACAUCUUCAGUCGUCGAGAUUACGCUCAAGCCCUGGGAGGAUUCCCAUUCUUCCAGGACGACGAAGGGUUUCGCACUCUUCGCUCGGCGAAAUGGGGUUCUGACGCUGACAUGCCUGUUCCAUGGAUUUCCUUGGAGGAUGAUUACGGUGAUAUCGUGCAUGGUAUCUUUCUGGAGCCGGAGAAUUGGAACGGUCAGGUCGUUCCGACAGUGAGUGACAUUAGCACAUAUCCCGGGGUGACCGAAACUUUUGCAGCAGUCACGGGCCAGAGGGCCAGGUAUGUGCAUGCCAACGACUGGAAAGCCCUCUUCGGCGAUACGCGACAGGGCGAAGAGAAUCGCAGCAUCUUUGAGUUCGGGCGUUUCACAAACGGCAAGUAUUUUGGGAACCACCCAAUUUCUACGGACAAAUCAGCAUAUCUCAAGGCAAGGGCAGUGGAGGCUCAAGGGAGAGAUCCCAGAAAGGAGAAAUUGAUAACACUGAGCCAGUGGUUUGCGAAGAAUCAUUCCUCGGAGAUUCGUGGACGUGAGGCAUGA